AGGGACGGGAGGCUGGCGUCCGGCCAGCCCGAAGGGAAAGAGGGCCGCGCCCCCGCUCCCGGGCCACCGCCCCAGCUGCAGCCCCGCCCCGGGCCUUCCCCUUCGCCUUCCCUGCCGCCGGCCGGCUCGCUGCGCGGGGCGCUCCAGGGCCCGGGGGGGUGGGGGUGGGGCGGGCCGGGGGUCCCCGCUGCCGGAGCCCGCGGCGGGCCGGAACCGGGGCCCGGGCCCCGCGGCCGCGAGCCACCGCGAUGGUCACUUGGCGACGAGACGGGCGGCUGACGGGCGGCCAGCGGCUGGUGUGCGCCGGCCUAGCCGGGGCGCUGAGCCUCAGCCUCACGGCCCCGCUGGAGCUCGCCACCGUCCGGGCCCAGGUGGGCGCGGGCCCGGGCCAGCCGCGGGGCCCGUGGGCCGCCUGCCGGAGCGUGUGGCGCACCGAAGGGCCCCGGGCCCUGUGGAAGGGCAACGGCGUGGCGUGCCUGCGCCUCUUCCCCUACAGCGUGCUGCAGCUGGCUGCCUACCGCAAGUUCAUACUGGUGUUCGUGGAUGAUCUGGGUUACGUUUCCCAGUCGAGCGCAAUCAUGGCUGGAAGUUUCGCCGGCAUGGUGGCCACCAUUGUCACCUACCCAAGUGACGUCAUCAAAACUCGGUUGAUUAUGCAGGACUUGCUGAAACCGUCUUACAAGGGAAUCUGCCACGCUUUCUGUACUAUUUAUCAGCAGGAAGGCUUUCUGGCACUUUACCGAGGAGUUUCCCUCACCAUUCUAGGUGCUCUGCCAUUCUCUGCUGGCUCUUUCCUAGUUUAUGUGAACCUUAAUCGCAUCUGGAAUGGGCGCCAAGAUCGGUUUUCCCCACUCCAGAACUUUGCCAACAGCUGCCUUGCUGCUGGGGUCGCCCAGACCAUCUCCUAUCCUUUCGACACCAUGAAGAGGAAGAUGCAGGCCCAGAGUUACUGCCUCCCUCGUUGUGCUAGUGGAAACAACAAUUUCUCAGGGGCAGUGGCCUGCUUCCACCAGGUAGUGAAGGCCCAGGGUGUGUUGGCCCUCUGGAACGGACUGUCCGCCAACUUGCUAAAGAUAGUUCCAUAUUUUGGAGUAAUGUUUAGUACCUUUGAGUUUUGCAAGAGAAUCUGCCUUUAUCAAAACGGCUACACCGUGUCCCCUUUGAGCACUAAGCUUACCCCAGGCGUAGAUCAGAGUUUGCAGCCACAAGAAUUACGAGAAUUACAGAAGUUUUUCAAAAACAGACAAUUUUGAGACCAGAAAAGCCACUCUGUAAAAUUGUACAAGGCCAAAAGGUGUGUUAAAAACAUACACGUAUGUACCACCUUAUGACCUUGUGAUGUUGGAAGAGGUUGCUUCUGUCCACCAUGCUGAAAAAAAAAAAAAAAGAGAAGCUUGAAUCUUUCACCAUCUCAUCUGUGGGCCUCGGGCCUUAUUCCUGACUGCACCACUGCACAGUUGGAGGUCUACUUUGAUUAAAGGGCCUGGAGUUCUCCAUCACUAUCUCACAAAUUAUAUCUAGCGUCCCAGGGAUGUGACCGAACAGUCGGUCCCAGCUCAGAGCUUUCUAAGAUCAGCUUACCAAAGCAAGAACAAAACUCAUAUCCAUCGAAAAGAGAAGCAAAGGCCCAAAGAAACAGGCUUACUGUGUUCUUCAAAGAAAGGCGGAACAUAGGUUGGCGUGUACAUUCGUAGACCAGAUCACACUCCCUCUGCCUGGCUUCCCAGUAUUCGCUGCUUGUAGCAACUAGCAGUGAUUGCAAAAUUUACCCAAACCAACACAGCUCCAGUUUGACUAGUUUGGUCUAGACAUUCUCAAUGUAAGAAUUCAUGGCUCCAGCCCUAAUCCUUUGAAGAAAAAAAAAA